CAAAAUUAAAAAUUUUGAUAUUUCAAAUUUUUUUUCAGAGGCUGGCAUUGUGAAUAAAAAUACUGUGGUUAAACCACUUGAGGCUAGUGAUGAAGUUUUGUUAGUGGUUCAUCCUAAAUCUUAUUUAGAUAAACUUAAGUGGAGUGUUAAUGUAGCUAGGAUAACAGAAGUACCAUGUGUUGCUGCCAUGCCAAAUAGUUUGGUACAGCGAAGAGUAUUAAGGCCAUUUCGUUAUCAUACUGGAGGGACAAUAUUAGCUGGAAAAUUGGCUCUUGAACGAAAGUGGGCUUUGAAUAUAGGAGGAGGAUUUCAUCAUUGUUCAUCAGAACAAGGCGGAGGAUUUUGUGCUUAUGCUGAUAUAACGCUCUGUAUAAAAUUUUUAUUUAUGCAUUACAGUCACAUUUGUAAAGUUAUGAUAGUUGACCUGGAUGCACAUCAGGGUAAUGGUCAUGAACGGGAUUUUAUGGGCGAUGACAGAGUUUAUAUAUUUGAUGUAUAUAACCAUGGAAUAUAUCCCCAUGAUGAAUAUGCUAAAGGAGCUAUAAGGAAAAAAGUAGAACUGAGACAUAUGACUGAAGAUGCGGAAUAUUUAGAAAAAGUGUCAAAGAACUUGAUGGAAUCAUUUGAAGAAUUUCUACCCCAGCUUAUUGUAUACAAUGCUGGAACUGAUAUAUUAAAAGGUGAUCCACUGGGAUGCUUGGCAAUAUCACCUCAGGGUAUAAUAGAAAGAGAUGAAAUAGUGUUCAAAGCUGCUAUGAGUAGGAGCAUCCCCAUAAUUUUCCUAACAAGCGGUGGCUAUCAAAAAAGUACAGCACGUAUCAUUGCAGAAUCCAUAAUCAAUCUGAAGCAAAAAGGAUUAUUACCUUAAUAUUUUCUCAAAAACCAUUGUAGAACAGAUGUUCCAUAUGGUACUUCUUACUGUGAUAUAUAUAUAUAUACAAAUAUUAAUACUUGUUGUAUAAUCUUUAACUUGUACAUUUUAUAAUAAUUUUUCUGAUGAAAUAUCUCAUAUGUACUCUUUUAUUUCUUGUUAUGUAGAUAUUUAAAGAACAAUCUUUUAAAACACAGCAACUAAUUAGUUAAAUUUUACAUUUAUUCUAAAUUGCUGCAGUUAAUAAAGCUCUUGAAUAAUAGGUUGUAUGAUUUAAUCCAAGGGGCCAACUACAAAAUAAUAAUUCUGUGUAUUUAAUGAAAUAUAAAUAAACUUAAUUCACUAUAAUAUGCAUGUUAAUAAAGACUUUCUAAUGAAAAUUUAUUAGCUAGCAAUAUGCAUGCGUAAUUGUUACAACUGUAAAGCAUAAUUGUGAAAUGUUUAGGUUAGUUUAGAGUAGAUAGGUUCAGGAUUAGAAAUAGGAGAGGGGUCAGAAAAAUGUGUUUGCUUUCUUUAUUCCCCAUUUCAAUUGUUACUAUGGAAAUAAUUUUAUCAUAAAGGGGAAAAUGCAAAAUUCGUGGCAGGAUCACUGGUAAAAUUGUGUUAUUUUAUGGCCUAGGACAUAUAGUAACAAUUUUUCAAAAUGUUGUCACAAAUUUAUAUUUCAAUAAAGAAGUAAAUUAAUUUAAUAACUACCAUAUACAUAGCGAGUAAUACAAAUACCUAGUACACGACUAAAAAAAGAACGCCUUUUGUUUCGAAAUUAAUGCUGAUGUAUGUAAAUUAAUAAAAUUCUGAUAAUGUCAGCAGUGCCAUUAUAUGAGAACAUGAUUUCUAUUAAGAAAGUGUAUUAAGAUUGUAAAUACUUUUUCAUGUCAUGUGUCUUCAUCUGAAAAUUAGGAGGAAAAUGCUAAAAUAAGAAAAGAGAAAGAAGAAAUUAGAAUGAAAUUUGUCGUGAUAUUGUUUGUCAGUUCUGAAGGUAACAGCAAGCAAAUGUACAAUGUGUAGUAGCUUUCUUCAUAUUCCAAAAAUCUUGCAAACCUGAAACUGUUUUAAACAGAAGCUCUGAAGCUUAAUUCAAAGCUCUGGUUAAGAUUUUAGAAGACAAUUAAUUGGCAGGUUCAUUUAACAUUUUGGAAAAAUCUGAUCACUUCAAAAGCUGAAACAGUCCACUAGAAUUCACGGAAUUACGUACCUCAGUAAACUUAUUAUCUUAACUAUACCUAAUCAAUUGAAAAAAAAAAAAAAAAAUGUUAUUUUUCUCAUUAAAAAAUAUAUAUGUAUAAAUAUAUUUUAAGUGAAAACUGAAAGUUUAAUCUUAAAAAUUGCCCUAAUUUUAGUAUUCCCCUGGAGACUUGUUAACAGCAAAUAUCAAGACUAAAAGGCAGCUACAUUAAAGCGUUUCAAAACUUCUCCUUUAAGAAUUUUAUUUCCAAAAGAAUAUGAGCAUGAUUAUAUAAUGUUUAAAUAAAUGUACCAUUUUGUACUUCAGUUGAAAACAUUUAAAACUUCUUUCUUGGUAAGGGAAGUUUUCAAUAAGCAUGUGCUUUACUUUCUUGUAGAAAGAAGGCAGAUCUGAUCUGAGAAUUUAUCUUAAUCAACUGUAUAAUAAUUACACAAACAUCAUUACGUUUCCUUGUUAUCAAACAUAUAUUGUCAAAAAUCAAUAACUAGCAUAUUUCAAUUAUAUAAAGGAUGUUUUUUUUUUUUUAACUGACGGUACUUAGAGACCUCUGUAGCUCGAACUAUCAUGUGCAAAAUUUUGUACUGGGAUUAUUGAUGACAUGGGAAAAAGGAAUCCGUGAAAAAGAAAUUUAGUUCCAAAAGUUGCCGAUAGGAGAAUAUGGCGCAUUUGAUCUAAAUUUUAAGUUUAACUGCACAAUAAAAUUUCUGACCAGUUUAAAAAGUUACAGUAAACAGAUAAAUGAAUAACAAAUAAUUCAUUUUCCCACAAAUGUGCUUUAUUCCAAAAAAUAACUUCUGAAAAUGGUUACACAUUAAAAAAAAAAAAAGAGAGAGAGAGAACAUUCUAUUCGAUUUCCUUUUUACUCUUUGUUCUUUUGUUUUUAUUCAGUAGAAUCGUUUUCCCGGGGAAGACAUCGUCUAUUUUCAAUAUGACCUCUAUUUUCUUUCAUUUUUCCAUUCUCCAUUUCCCGCUUUUUUUUAUAAUUCAAAAUACUAGCACUGGUGUCGAUUACGUAAUCGGGAUUUUGCAAUUUUUUCCUGUGUUUUAUACAAAAUUUUAGCUGUCUUAAAGUGCAAAGCGCCACAUUUUCCUGUAUCAGCAACUUUUAGAACUAAUUUUUUUUUCAUGGAUACCUUUUCCCCAUGUCGUCAAUAGUCCAUGUACAAAAUUUUGUGGCUUUGCGGCUGAUAGUUCAAGCUACAGAGGUCUCUGAAUACCAUCAGUUUAAAAAAAAAAAAAAAAAAAAAAAAAAAAAAAACCGGCCUGUAUAUAUAGAAUUUAAACAACAGUAGUUUGAAAAUGAGAUUGAUGCUAGAAAAAAAAUACUGAAUUAUUUAUUUUUACAUCAGAAUCUCUACACAGCUAUAUGCGAUUUCUUAGCUUGGUGCUUUACAGUGCUUGUUGGUUAGUAGUUAAAUGUCUACAGUUUGAAACAUUGCUUUCUUGGUGGUGAAAUAUCAUCCAAAUAAUACCAUUUAAGUUUUUUGAUUUGGGAAAAACAAUAAAUAGUUACAGAGAAUAAAAACUAUUUAUUGUUUUUCCCAGAAAAUGUGGAAAAAGUUUUUCCAGAUAUGGAAAAAAUUCAAGAGUACUUUAGAGCCCAAAACCUUCAAAUGAUGACGAGAAAUGUCACAGGGAAAAAGAAGUCAAUUGUACAAUACCCUGUCCUCAUGUAAUGUAUUCUUGUACACAAAUGUCUUGAAAUACCAAAGUGUAUAAACAGAAAUAACACUUUGUCCAUUAAACCCAAAAUUCUGUAUGCAAAAUGUCACUAUAGUUGGCAAUGAGCAUUGCUUUUACUUUUGAUUUUGAACUAUAAAUGUUUUUAUCUUUCAGAAAGUUUCCCAAUUUUUAUUUGACAUUUCACUUCUAAUAUGUUAUUCAAGAAGUUGGGACUUCUUUCAGUAGCACACCUGCCAAACUUGAAAUGCGAGAAAACCAAGAAACGGGAGGUUUUUGUGUGUUGUGGGCAAAAAGUUCUAAGGAAUUUCAAACUGAUUUUAAUUCACUUUAUAAUACAUGAUUCAGAUUACUGAACUAUUUGUAACUCAAUUCUGAUAUAAAAUAUAUUAGCAUUUAAUUGGAUAUUCUAAACUAUGUUCCUUGGCUGAUUUUAUUUUAAAAUUUUCUUAUAUUGAGAAAAUCCCAAUUAGUGAAAAAAAGCUUUUAUCUAUCAAAGCACUUUUAAAUACAGUGAAAAAAAUUAAUAUUUAAUGUACAAAGUUUUUGUGUUGAUAAACUUAUUAAAGUAUCCUGUAUUACAGUAAACAAAACCAAAUACAAAUAAUAACUGAUUAAACAUUGCUUGAUUCUUCAUAUGAAAAUCUACAAAUAUCUACAGUAGAUUAAAACAGCUGAGAUCAAAUGAAAUUGAACAAGAUCAGCAAAAUGUAAAAAAGAAGGGAAAAAUAUUCAGAUGAUAUAAAAUUUAAUAAGAACAAUUACACUGAAAAUCAUUAGAGGGGGGCGAAUGGAAUUUUUCUGAUAUGUUUCAUUAAUUUUAUAAAUUUCAUUUAUUGUUGAGAAAUAUUUUCUGUAGUAAAGUUUAAAAAUUAAAAACCAGGAGAGUUGGCAGUGAUCAUGUUAUUUGGCAAAACAAACCAAAGUCUGAUUUUUUUUUUUUUUUUUUUUUUUUUUCCCUCUCUCUUUAAGAUAGCUAACUAGACACAAGAUCAUGAUAUAAAAAAAAAUAGCUAACUAGACACAAGAUCAUGAUAUAAAAAAAAUACCUCACUUUUAGUUUUUAACUGAUAAGUAACCAUGCCAUUUUUCAUCUUAUAUAAUGUCUCAUUUUCAAAUAUCUAUAGUGAGCAUUUGAUUUAUUUGUAAGUAGUACUUUUUCUGAUUUAAGUAAAUCCACUUCUCUGAAAAUAAAAUCUUCAAGAAUAUUGUGAAAGUAGACAAGAUUGAAAAGAGGUGAAAGGAAGAUAAUAUUUCAUUUUAUUAUCAUAUGAUUCUGAUGUUAUAGAACUAGCACAAAAUCAUGUAUUCCAUGAAAUUAUUUGUGUAAUUAAGAAAGCUGUGAUUGUUUAUCUAUAUGUUUAGUUUUUGUUGCAUUCUUCAUUUACUGUUAAUAAAAACAAAGCAUUUGA